CUCUCAGCAGCCAGAUGAACUCAGUUACCAGCAACAGAAACGCGAAGGCAAGACACAGCAGCAUGUAGGGAAUGCCUUUGUUAUUUGCUCUACGCUAUGGGAACUUCCAGGCUGAGGAUCUUUGACCCCCAUGUAGAGAGGAAGGAUUCUGCCUUGUUUCUAGGCAGGGAACUGCCUUUGCCCACGUUCGAUGUGCCUUAUUUUAAAUACAUUGAUGAAGAGGAUGAGGAGGAUGAAUGGAGCAGCCGUUCUCAGUCUUCAACCGAGGAUGACUCUGUGGACUCUCUCCUUUCUGACAGAUAUGUGGUGGUAUCUGGGACACCAGAGAAGAUUUUGGAGCACCUCCUGAAUGACUUACACCUGGAAGAGGUACAGGACAAAGAGACAGAGACUCUCCUGGAUGACUUCCUUCUCACAUACACAGUCUUCAUGACAACAGAUGACUUGUGUCAAGCACUGCUGAGACAUUAUUGUGCUAAAAACCAUCAAGGCAAGGAAGAAAUUCUAGAUGUUCCCUGCAGAAAGCGAAAAGUCUUACAUUUGGUGUCCCAGUGGACUUCUCUCUACAAAGACUGGUUACAUGAGGAUGAGCAUUUAAAGCAGUUUCUAAAGACAAUAUACCGGAAUGUGUUAGAUGAUGUAUAUGAAUAUCCUAUACUUGAGAAGGAGCUGAAAGAAUUUCAGAAAUUACUUGGAAUGCACCGUCGGCACACUGUAGAUGAAUAUUCACCUCACAGAAAGCAUAAAACCAUUUUACAUCACUUCAGUCUCAAGGAAAACUGGCUUCAGAACAGAGGAACUGUGAAUGAAACAGAGGAAGUCUUUUGUCGUGUGUAUAUAACAGAACAUUCUUUCGUCAGUGUAAAAACUAAAGUAUCCACUUCAGCUCAGGAGAUCUUGAAAAUUGUAGCAGAAAAACUCCAGCAUUCACAGGAAGAUCUGGCGUUAGUGGCUCUUUCAUUUACUGGGGAAAAGCACGAAUUACAACCAAAUGACCUUGCAAUCUCCAAAUCCCUUGAGUCGUCUGCUCGUAUGUUUGUAUUUCAAAAGGAUCUGACAGAUACUCUGAACCCUUUUGCUGAAAAUGAUGAAACCCAGCAACGGUCAGUGAGAAUUCUGGGAAUUAACACGUGGGACCUUGCUUUGGAAUUAACAAAUUUUGACUGGAGUCUUUUCAACUUGGUUCACGAGCAAGAACUGAUAUACUUCACCUUCAGUAGACAAGGCAGCGGGGAAAACACUGUGAAUCUUAGUCUCCUACUUCAAAGAUGCAACGAAGUUCAACUCUGGGUGGCCACAGAAAUACUGCUCUGCAACCAGCUUUGUAAACGUGUACAACUAGUGAAAAAGUUUAUUAAAAUUGCUGCUCACUGUAAAGCCCAAAGAAAUCUGAAUUCAUUCUUUGCCAUUGUUAUGGGUCUCAACACUGCAUCAGUUUGCCGGCUUUCUCAGACAUGGGAGAGAAUCCCUGGAAAGUUUAAGAAGCUCUUCACUGAACUUGAAAGUUUGACAGACCCUUCCCUGAAUCACAAAGCCUAUAGGGAUGCGUUCAAGAAAAUGAAGCCUCCGAAAAUCCCGUUCAUGCCUUUACUCCUUAAAGAUGUAACAUUUAUCCAUGAAGGAAAUAAAACUUUUUUGGAUAACCUCGUUAAUUUUGAAAAGCUGCACAUGAUUGCAGACACAGUCCGAUCAUUAAGACAUUGCAGGCGCAACCAGUUUGGAAAUGAAUUGCCCACAAAAGAGCAUCAGGAACUGAAGCCCUAUGUCCAUCACUUGCACAUCAUCGAUAACCAGCAGAUGUUGUUUGAGCUUUCUCAUAGGAUAGAACCUCGUGUGUGAGUUCACACAGGCUCCCAUAACUGCAGCACUUUCAUUUAAGUGAAUGUUUAUGCCAAGCAUGUUUCUUCCCUAGGAGAGAGAUAAUUACUGAGUUUUAUCAGUAGCUGAUGCUACAACAUGCACAGGCAUCUCAUGCAAACAGCAAGAGGAGGGGCUGUUUGGAGCAGCCCUCCAGGAUGAAGAAAUGCCAAAUCCAUUCAACUGCAAAACAGGGAAGAGAGGAACAGCAUACUCCACAUUCAAAAAGUGGUUUCCUUGAAAAUGCAUCUUGGUCCCUAGUGACUUCCAUUCCAGAUUCUGUCAGUGUUAAAUUGAAAGAAAAUAUUGUACCACCAUGAAGG